AUGCCUGCUCUGAAACUACUCAAGAGAACUCCUUAAUACCAUCUUUUCUAGAUCUAUAAUCAUUUUACAAUACAGUCAAAAGUUUUUAACAUGAUAAUUAAUAAAAAGAUAAAGCUAUUGAAUAAAAGCAUUCUCUCAAAUUUAAUGUAAAGGAGUCUCAUAGAAAUGAAAUAGAAGUAAUCAAUUUUGAAAAUUUAUCAGGAAAGUAUGAAAAUAGAGCAGAAUAAUAAAAUUACCGAGGUCUAGGAAGAAAGCUAACUUGAAAAAAUAAAACAUAUAGAGCUUGGAAUUAAAAGAUAAGGGUUACAAAGAGUAUAAGUCUACAAGUGGUACUGGGACAGAAAAGAAGAGCUCUUGAAACCAUAGAAACAAAGGUUUGAAUUUGAUCGAUAUGCCAAUUAGAAAUUGUUCUAGAUUACUAAAGUUCAAGUGAAUUAAAAUAGAAAAGUAUUCGAAGUAAACAGAGUAAAUUCAGAUUGA